AUGGCACCUGGUCCAGACGGCUUCCUUGGACUCUUCUACCAUAAAUACUCGGAGCAAGUUAAUGAGAUCUUAUGUAAUACUGCUCAGUCUAGAACUAAUUGGGGUGGGGAUCUUCGAAAAAUUAAUCAGACUCACCUUAUCCCAAAAGUUUCGAGCCUGGAAUCGGCCACCGAAUUUCUUCCUAUUAGUUUGUGCAACAAUUCAUAUAAAAUACUUGUGAAGGUUUUGGCGAACAGGCUCAAGAAAAUCCUCCCUUGCAUCAUCUCCCACCAUCAAAAUGCCUUUGUGCCUAGCCGCCAAAUCCAGGAUAAUAUCCUUGUGGCGCACGAAGCCUUUCACUACCUCAAACACAAGAAAGGAAAGCUGGCUUCUUAG